UGCUGCGGAGACGGUGCAAGCGGACGGGAAAGUGUAGGGUUCCGACUCCUCAAGCUUAUCCAGGCGUCUUUCUCCCCGUUCCUGCACUGCUAGCCCCCCCAAAAUCUGGAGAUUUGUUUUAGUUCUCUGCAGAUCGCUGUGCCCCAUACUUCCAGAGUGGUCGGAGGGAAGAACUGUAGGGUGGUUUUUCAGUGCUGGGGAGGGGGUAACCAGGCAGAGAAGACCCCUAAACAGAGGCAGGCGCUUUCUCCAAUGGAGGCGACCACUGCGGGGUCCCGAAAUGAACGGACGAAUCCAGAGCAAAGUUUGUGUGCGAGCGCUGCUGUGGGGUGUAGGAGAGAUCCGGGCAGGGAGUUGGGGGUGUGGAGCAUGGACACUGCCAGUCCCUCCCUAGCUCUGGAGGUGGUUCACACUGUAGGAGUGUGCGAGUCCCCAGGCCCAGCGCCCGAGGCGGUGGAGCAGCGCCUGGGCUCGGGUCGUCCCGCACAUGCUCGCCUCCAGGCUGUGGGCGGGCAACGGGCAGCCCCGGCGGGGUCUCCACGGAUCUGGAUGCCUGUCGAGAUGCUCGUGUUCCGGGGUAAUUUAGGGGGAAAUAGAGGCAGGAGCUGGACCCCCGUCUCUCCCCCAGAGCUCUGAAGCGUGCCCUGAGAUCCGCACCUCUGUCCAUGGAACUCUGCGGCCGCCCGGCCCCAGGGCCUGGUCUGGGGCUUCUUCCCCAGAGGCCUGGCGCUGAGUAGGACCGGGGCGCAAACGGGCGCAGAACUGGCAGCGAAGCGAGAGACCCUUCCACCUUUGCUCUGGCUGUGGAGAGAGGGGAUCUGCACCAUGGGAUUCCUGUAAAAAAGUGGGGGACCUAAGACCGGUUAAGAAAACUGCUUACAAUACAGUAUUUGGUCCUUCCAAGUACUUUCUCAAGCUUGAAGCUUUAUCCCGAGUCUCCUCGAGUUCACAGUCCGCUGAAAGAACCCCCUGACAACCGGCUUUCCCCCCUAAAGGAACUCGGGUCCGCGGGGCAAACCGAGACGAAAUUACCCAAGGCCGAGACAACCACUCAUUUUUCUGGAUUUUCUCAGCUGAUUUCUUAUGCUUCUCGCCCUCACAACAAUCUUUCCUAAAGUUUCUGUUGAGACCUUUAACGCCAUAAUACUGUUAGGUUAACAAUUUGUAUGCGGAAAAACCAAACUACAGAGAAGAGAAAACUUGUUAGACAAUUUUUUUUUUCUUGGCGUUUUUCUUCAAAAAAGACUCGGGCAUCUGAAGAAAUGAUGCUUGCUAGCUCUGGCCUUGCGCCUUGUGGAUCUGGAAUUUUUAAUAGUUAAGACUUCUCAUAAAGCGAUAGCAUAAAAGGAGUUCACUACCUCUUCCCAUUAUUAUUUAUUAGUACUGCUUUUUAGUUUAUUUGAGCUUUGAGCUGAUUUAAGUAACUGAGUCAAGUUUCCUUUCUCUUUUCUCUUAAAUUUUUUUUUUCUCUUUCUUCCUUUCUUUCCAAAAGCCAGUUCGUUGUGGUAAAAAGCAGUAAACUGUUGGGAGCACCCUGGGCAACACCCCCUCCUGGCCCCUUUCCUCUCCUCUCCCCACCCCCUCCUCUUUUUCUGCAGUAGUAAUGGUUUUAGGUUAUGACUGGUUUUACACGGUUGAACAAUAAGUUUGGGAGAAGUUGCCUAGAGGGUAGAUUUUGUAAUAGGGUUACAGGAUUUAGUGUGUUGUAAUAAUAUUAGUACACAAGUAAUCCUCACCCGCGCCUGACACAGAAGAGGGCCUAACCUACCCUUGUUCUUUUUAUUUGGGAAUAGUUGUGAGAUAAAUGCAAUUGAAAGUUCAUGACAGAGCUCAAGGUUACUACUUUUUAAAAGUCACCUUUUCUGCCUUGAAUUCAGCAAUCUCGUCCUUCUCCCUGUACAGAACACACACUUAAGGGAGCUGUUAGUGUUUGGUUUGGUUUGGUUUGGUUUGGUUACAGAUAGCAAGGUUGUUAAACUUUUAAAAGGCAAACCUCUAUUCAAACAUUGUGCUUAUUUUUUCUUCUGACUGGAGAUGUUCUUAAAAUAUAGCAAAUGAAAUAGCAAAUUACCAAACGAAAUGGAGUUUAAGUUCUUCUCAUAUGCUAGGACCUCAAAUGCAGGACUUAGAAAAGUUUGUAGACCCCAUUCCAGUAGCCUUGAAGGAUGGCUGUCUGCUGUGUUGUGUGCGUGUGCAUGCGUGUGUUUGAGUGUGAAUACACUUACAAAGAAAGGCUAAGCCAUGCUGAGCAGUGCACAGGGAUAGCUUCAUCUAGACAAGUUCAAAAAAAUAAGAUUAUCUGGUGCAUCUUAGAACGUCGAUGUUUUCAUUCUGCUUCAGGGCAGCCAUGAUGCCAAAAGCACUGCAAAAUAAACUUGGUAAUCUUUCAUUUUCUUAUGAAAUUAAGGUUAUGGCAAAUAUGACUUGUCUCAUAAAUGAUAUUCAAGUCUUGAACUACUUGGGCAAAGAUAACUACCAAUAGAAAGAUUAUUUACCAAGAUAGAUAAUUCUGAGGAAGAAUUGUACGUGACUUCUUUUCUAAGGAUCUAGAUUUCGGGUGUGUGUGUGAGUGUGUGUGUGUGUGUGUGUGUGUAGUGUUUUCCCCCCCUUUGGUGACCUUUUUAAGACUUCUAUAACUAUACGGAGGGUCUGCUCAGAUUCCAUUCGUUUAUUGAAUAUUUUAGUUCUUGGGUUUUAAAGAAAAGGUACUACUGAAAAGUAAAAUCAUGAAUUACAGAUAAAAUAUUGACUCUUACAUGAAGUAUCAUAAAAAUCCCCCUUAUUUGUAUUAAUAAUGAAAUUCUGGUUUUUACCAAAGUAAUUUACUCAUUUUGAGCAGCUUAAUGACAGCACAUUGAUUUCUGGGCCCAAAAGGUUAGAGAGAACUAAAAUUAAUUGCUUUUUUUUGAAAAACCGACACCUGCAAGAUAAGGCAGUUGGAAGGAAUUCAUGUUUAAUCAGGCCUAUUUUAAGUUUGGCAUAAUGGAAGAUUCUGGAUGAGAAAAUGCAAACUGUUUUUGAGAUUUGCUUCAGGCUGCAGAUACUUCUUAAAAUGUUAAAAAUGACACAGAAACAACAAAGUCUAGGCUGGGCAUGAGACAGAAUGUGUGAAAGUGAAUUUGUGAUAUUGAAUGGUGGUUUGUUUUACAUCAAGUUUCCACUAUGGUUCAUAAGCACAAGUACCAAAUUAUAGGUUAUUCUGUGGGGGUUAUGUUUCUUUUCUUUCUAGUUUGGAGUUGAGGAGUUAUCCUUACCAACAGACUGCUUAAGAAGGCAAAAAUCUACAUUUUUAUUGUGGAGAGUUUACUGGGAUCUGGGGAAGAAAACAGGCAGACAGGUUACAUGUUUUGAAAUUGCUAAAGUCAAGCUCUGUGUAGUAACCAGAAAAAAUUCUUUCUACAGCCUAAACUAAGUUUUUCUAAAUCAUAUCCUGGUGCCGAGAAGCCCUAUAUUCCAGACUAUUCUUAGAUAAUCAAAACUGAAGUCCUUUAGCAAUUUAGUGAAAGAGAUGGUAAAUUACACCCAUCCCCCAAGAAGAAAAAAGUGUGUAUACCAGGCUUUAGGAAACCUAGAUGUGUGGAGCUGUUUUAACCUUUGCUUGCUUCCUCCCAUGCAUAGGUGACAAGGUCCAGAUCAUAAUAUGUCCUUCAGUAUCUUCCCAGUGACCCCCAAAUUGAGUCUUGCUAGUCACUUAGCAGGAAGUUAGUAGUUUAUUUUAGUUUCACCUUAUCAGCUUGGCUUCUUUUCCUAACCUUAUUCCCCUGUCACCCUCAGAUGCCAGACCCCCAAAGGGGAAGAUUGACAGGUAGUUCCCAUAGCUCAGUUUUACCCUCAAACAACAGGGAUUUAGUUUCUUGUGCCUUUGCCAAUGUUUAUGUAGUCAGAGUUUAGAUCUCGCCUUAAGGAGUCUCUCUUUUACGCGUCACUGGAAUAGGAAAGCCACAAAGAAGUUUUUGAACAAACCCUUGCAACUGGAACCCCAUCUAGUGUUCAGUUUGAUUCAUCCAUGGGGAAGACAUUUUCCCCCUUUUAUUUAUUGUGUGCUUUAGGUGGGCUUGGAUCACUACUUUAAAAGGAGUGUCUUGUCCAUGUUGUUAUUUUUUCAGAGAUUUCUCUUGUAUUCUACGGAGGAACAGGCUAAUCAUGCCUUCGAAGAUGACCACACACCAUUUGUACAGCAGAAGUUGGUGUCCCAUGCUGGGCAAACAAUGGGACGCCAUCCUGUCUUUGAAUAGGAUGUUAGCCUGGAGUUGGAGAUUUUUAUGUUUAAUUUACAAAUGGAUCUUAGUGAGAAGACAUCUGAGCAACCAGUGGAAACAAACAUGAAAUAAAGGGACUUUUAUAAGAAAAGGAGACACAGAGAAGGGUCAACCGAGUCGCCCCACGAAGAGCAAGGAUGCCCACGUCUGUGGCCGGUGCUGUGCUGAGUUCUUUGAGUUAUCAGAUCUUCUGCUCCACAAGAAGAACUGCACUAAAAACCAAUUAGUUUUGAUCAUCAAUGAGAAUCCAGCCUCCCCACCCGAAACCUUCUCACCCAGUCCCCCUCCCAAUAAUCCUGAUGAACAAAUGAAAGACACGGUGAACAAAACAGAUCAAGUAGACUGCAGCGACCUUUCAGAACACAAGGGACUUGACAGGGAAGAGUCCAUGGAGGUGGAGGUCUCAGCUGCUCCCAACAGUGGCAGUGGGACGUCUAGCAGCAGCACCAGUAGCACCGCCCCAAGCUGUGAGGGCAGCUCCUCCACAGGUACCUCAGCGAUCACAACCUCUCUACCUCAACUCGGGGACCUGACGACGCUGGGCAACUUCUCCGUGAUCAAUAGCAACGUCAUCAUUGAGAACCUCCAGAGCACCAAGGUGGCAGUGGCCCAGUUCUCCCAGGAAGCAAGGUGCAGUGGGGCCUCCGGAGGCAAACUGGCCGUUCCAGCCCUCAUGGAGCAGCUCUUAGCGCUGCAGCAGCAGCAAAUCCACCAACUGCAACUGAUCGAACAGAUUCGGCACCAAAUAUUGCUGUUGGCUUCUCAGAACGCAGACUUGCCAACAUCUUCUAGUCCUUCUCAAGGUAGUUUACGAACAUCUGCCAAUCCCUUGUCCACGCUAAGUUCCCAUUUAUCUCAGCAGCUGGCGGCAGCAGCUGGAUUAGCACAGAGCCUCGCUAGCCAAUCUGCCAGCAUUAGUGGUGUGAAACAGCUACCCCCAAUCCAGCUACCUCAGAGCAGUUCUGGCAACACCGUCAUUCCAUCCAGCAGUGGCACUUCUCCCAAUAUGAACAUAUUGGCGGCACCAGUUACCACCCCGUCCUCAGAAAAAGUGGCUUCAAGUGCUGGCUCAAACCAUGUCAGCAAUCCAUCAGUCUCAGCAUCAUCCUCACCAGCUUUUGCAAUAAGCAGUUUAUUAAGUCCUGCAUCUAAUCCACUUCUACCUCAGCCAACUCCUGCUAAUGCGGUUUUCCCCAGCCCUUUGCCCAACAUCGGAACAACUGCAGAGGAUUUAAACUCCUUGUCUGCCUUGGCCCAGCAAAGAAAAAGCAAGCCACCAAAUGUCACUGCCUUCGAAGCGAAAAGUACUUCAGAUGAGGCAUUCUUCAAACACAAGUGUAGGUUCUGCGCAAAGGUCUUCGGGAGCGACAGUGCCUUGCAGAUCCACUUGCGUUCCCAUACUGGAGAGAGGCCAUUCAAGUGCAACAUCUGUGGGAACAGGUUCUCCACGAAGGGGAACCUGAAAGUCCACUUUCAGCGCCACAAAGAGAAGUAUCCUCACAUCCAGAUGAACCCCUAUCCUGUGCCCGAGCACUUGGACAACAUCCCUACUAGUACCGGCAUCCCAUAUGGCAUGUCCAUCCCUCCAGAGAAGCCAGUCACCAGCUGGCUAGACACCAAGCCAGUCCUGCCUACUCUGACCACUUCCGUCGGCCUGCCGUUACCCCCAACCCUCCCAAGCCUCACACCCUUCAUCAAGACUGAAGAGCCAGCCCCCAUCCCCAUCAGCCAUUCUGCCGCCAGCCCCCCCAGCUCAGUCAAAAGUGACUCUGGGGCUCCCGAUCUGGCCACAAGAAACCUAGGUGGGCUCCCAGAGGAAGCAGAAGGGUCCACUCUGCCACCCUCUGGUGGCAAAAGUGAAGAGAGUAGUGUGGCCACCAACUCAGUCCCAACAGCAAGUAGCAGCACCCUGAGCUCGCCAGUGCCCGACUGUGGCCUGGGAGGUGCCACCACCUUCACCAACCCAUUGUUGCCGCUCAUGUCUGAACAGUUCAAGGCCAAGUUUCCUUUUGGGGGACUCUUGGACUCAGCCCAGGCAUCAGAGACAUCCAAACUGCAACAACUGGUAGAAAACAUUGACAAAAAGGCCACUGACCCCAAUGAGUGUGUCAUCUGCCACCGGGUCCUGAGCUGUCAGAGCGCCUUGAAAAUGCACUACCGGACACACACUGGGGAGAGGCCCUUUAAGUGCAAGAUCUGUGGCCGGGCUUUCACCACAAAGGGGAAUCUUAAAACCCACUACAGUGUCCACCGGGCCAUGCCCCCACUCAGAGUCCAGCAUUCUUGUCCCAUCUGCCAGAAGAAGUUCACAAAUGCUGUUGUCCUCCAGCAACACAUCCGGAUGCAUAUGGGAGGCCAGAUCCCCAACACCCCCGUCCCCGACAGCUACCCCGAGUCCAUGGAAUCUGACACAGGCUCCUUCGAUGAGAAAAAUUUUGAUGAUCUGGACAACUUCUCCGACGAAAACAUGGAAGACUGUCCUGAAGGCAGCAUCCCAGAUACGCCCAAGUCAGCGGAUGCAUCCCAAGACAGCUUGUCUUCCUCACCUCUGCCCCUUGAGAUGUCGAGCAUUGCUGCUUUGGAAAAUCAGAUGAAGAUGAUCAAUGCUGGCCUGGCAGAGCAGCUUCAGGCCAGCCUGAAGUCCGUGGAGAACGGGUCAGUCGAGGGGGAUGUGCUGACCAAUGAUUCAUCCUCAGUGGGUGGUGACAUGGAAAGCCAAAGUGCCGGCAGCCCGGCCAUCUCGGAGUCUACCUCUUCCAUGCAGGCUCUGUCCCCAUCCAACAGCACGCAGGAUUUCCACAAGUCACCCAGCGUGGAGGAGAAGCCACCGAGAGCAGGACCAAGUGAGUUUGCCAAUGGUUUGUCUCCCACCCCAGUGAAUGGGGGGGCUUUGGAUUUGACAUCUGGUCAUGCAGAGAAAAUCAUCAAAGAAGAUUCUUUGGGAAUCCUCUUCCCUUUCAGAGACCGGGGUAAAUUUAAAAAUACUGCUUGCGACAUUUGUGGUAAAACGUUUGCUUGUCAGAGUGCCUUGGACAUUCACUAUAGAAGUCAUACCAAAGAGAGACCAUUCAUUUGCACAGUUUGCAAUCGUGGCUUUUCCACAAAGGGUAAUUUGAAACAGCACAUGUUGACACAUCAGAUGCGAGAUCUACCAUCACAGCUCUUUGAGCCCAGUUCCAACCUUGGCCCCAAUCAGAACUCGGCGGUGAUUCCUGCCAACUCCUUGUCGUCUCUCAUCAAAACAGAGGUCAACGGCUUUGUGCAUGUUUCUCCUCAGGACAGUAAGGACACCCCCACCAGUCACAUCCCUCCUGGGCCUCUGUCAUCCUCUGCCACGUCCCCAGUUCUGCUCCCAGCUCUGCCCCGGAGAACUCCCAAACAGCACUAUUGCAACACGUGUGGCAAAACCUUCUCCUCGUCGAGUGCCCUUCAGAUCCAUGAGAGAACUCACACUGGAGAGAAGCCCUUUGCUUGCACUAUUUGUGGAAGAGCAUUCACAACAAAAGGCAAUCUGAAGGUACACAUGGGCACGCACAUGUGGAAUAGCACCCCUGCACGCCGGGGCCGCCGGCUCUCCGUGGAUGGCCCCAUGACAUUUCUAGGAGGCAAUCCUGUCAAGUUCCCAGAAAUGUUCCAGAAGGAUUUGGCGGCGAGGUCAGGAAGCGGAGAUCCUUCCAGUUUCUGGAAUCAGUAUGCAGCAGCGCUCUCCAACGGGCUGGCAAUGAAGGCCAACGAGAUCUCUGUCAUUCAGAAUGGUGGCAUCCCUCCAAUUCCUGGAAGCCUAGGCAGCGGGAGCAGCUCACCUAUUAGUGGUCUGACUGGAAAUCUGGAGAAGCUCCAGAACUCAGAGCCCAGUGCUCCUCUGGCCGGCCUAGAGAAAAUGGCAAGCAGUGAGAAUGGAACCAACUUCCGCUUCUCUCGCUUUGUGGAAGACAGCAAAGAGAUUGUGACAAGUUAGACCAGCCACACACUCGAGACAUAGCAUUCCUGUUCAGAAUGCACCUAAGGUUGCCUCCUGCUCCUGCCCUGUCCCCCCCUACCUUCUGGUCUCCCGGGUCUAUGAACUCCAACAUUAUGAAGACAUUCUUUUGUACUUUGUUCAACUUCUAGAGUUCUAAGAAAGCUUAUUUAUUAGUGAUAUAACCUUGCUUUGCAAACAAUGCAAGCGUUAACUUUGGUCUUCUGUAUUUUGGACUAAAUACUAAUUGACUAGAGUGCUGUAAACUUGCUGUAACAUUUAUGGCAAUUGCAAGUUGCCCUGCUAGGCGGUCUUAAUCUGGCAUUAACUUAUUUUCUAUAUCCAGUUUAAUAUGAACCUGGUGUUGAUGCAAUGCCUCCGUGAUGCAUUAGAUCUCUAAUAAAGUCUGUAUAUAAAUGUACACUUUGAUCCUGCUGGAAAAUUUUAUCAGCAAACACAUUGUUUAAUAUUUCAAAAACAGAUUUAAGGAAAGGACUGAAAGUACAGACUGAACAGCGUGAUUCUUUGAAAGGUUUGGGUUUUGGUUUUUGUUUUUCAUUUUUAUUCUAAAAUUCAACCUGCUUUUUUGUUUUGUAGAUUUAACCAUUUCCGUUUUGAACUAUUUGUAUUGUGCUUUUUACUUGAGUCAUCCUCAAUGUUAAUAAGUUUCUGUACAGUAAUAAGCACGCAGAAUUCUUUAGAGAAAAAAAAACAAGUGUUGUUUUUGGUAGUUGAAACUGAGAUGUAACAUUUUGCCUUGUAGGUAUAUUCACAAUAGAAAAUGUGUGCUGGAAUUUCACAAUGCUGCUAAGUAUAGCAUCUUGAACAACCUUCAGUGGAGAAAAUGUAGAUGCUCUUGUAUAUAUAAUAAGAAAUAUCACUUUCAUUAAAAUGUACAUACAUUCCUUACAAGAGCGGAUGCUUCUUGAUCAAGAGAGCAGGUAUAGUGUUUGUUUAUUUUGUAUUAGGUAUGGAAGAAAAAAAAAUUGGACUGUUACAUGCACUUUCUUGGAAAGUUGAAAGGAAGGGGGGGUCCAAUUUCUUUAACAUUUAAUACUUACUAACAACAGAGAUACUGUAAUUUUACUCAAGUAAUCAAAUACAUUUUUUUUGCAACAGAUAAAA